AUGGACGGCUUACCAUGCCAGAUAAAGUCUGAAGCCCUCAAUAUGCCACAGAUACAACAAAGACGAUCUGCCAAUUAUAAGCCAAACAUCUGGAAAUAUGAUUAUUUACAAUCUCUUACCAGCAAAUAUGAUGGGCUGGAAUAUAGAAGACGAGCAGAGAAGCUGAUAGAGGUUGUAAGGAGUAAAUUUGCGGAAGCAGUUGGCUUACAGGCUAAGUUAGAGCUGAUUGACAACCUAAAAAAGUUAGGGCUAGCCAUCCACUUUGAUGUGGAAAUCAAGGAGGCUCUAGAGUACUCCAUAGCCUCCAUUAAGGAGAAAAAUCCAAGCCAAGAAGAGGAUCUCUACGCUAUUGCACUAUGCUUUAGGGUUCUUAGGCAGCAUGGCUAUGAUGUUUCACAAGAUAUAUUUAGCGGCUUCAUGGAUGAAAAAACGGGUACAUUCAGGAAAAGCGCACACGCGAAUAUCAAAGGAAUGCUGGAGCUUUUGGAGGCCUCGUACUUGGAUUUAGAAGGUGAAAUCAUUCUGGAUGAGGCCAGACAAGUCUCAACUGCAAUUCUCAAAGAAAACACUUGUAAUUUAGACAAACAAGUAGCCCAUGCUUUGGAGCUUCCAUCACAAAGGAGAGUGCAGUGGUUUGACGUCAAAUGGCACAUCAAUCUUUACGAGGAAGACGGGCACACGAACACUGUUCUACUUGAAUUUGCUAAACUUAAUUUCAACAUGAUUCAAGCCACACUCCAAAAAGAUCUAAGGGAACUUUCCAGGUGGUGGAGGAAUCUGGGCCUCACAGAGAAGUUGGAUUUUGCAAGAGACAGGCUGGUCGAAAGUUUCAUGUGCUCAGUGGGGUUUGCGUUCGAACCUCGGAACAAACGUUUCAGGAAAUGGCUUACUAAAGUCCUUAAUCUCAUAGCAGUAAUUGAUGAUGUUUAUGAUGUUUAUGGCACAUUGGAAGAACUAAAGCAUUUCACCAAUGCCGUAGAUAGGUGGGAUGUAAAGGAAACUCAACAGCUUCCAGAGUGCAUGAAGAUUUGCUUCUUAGCACUAUACAAUACAACUAAUGAAUUUGCUAAUGAAAUUCACAAGGAGAAGCGUUGGAACCAAUUAUUUCCUCAUCUAAAGAGAGUGUGGACAGAUUUUUGUGGUGCAUUAUUUGUGGAAGCAAAGUGGUACAACAUGGGCUAUACACCAUCCUUGCAAGAAUAUAUAAAUAAUGCAUGGAUUUCAUCAUCCGGCUCUGUGAUUUUGGUGCAUGCAUUAAUCUUUUGUAUAGAGCAUGACGAGGUAGAAGAGGAGUUCGAGAAUUUGAUGAAGAAAAACCAAGAUCUUGUGUAUAAUAUAUCUCUAAUAAUUCGAUUUUGCAAUGAUCUGGGGACUUCAACGGCUGAAAUAGAAAGAGGCGAUGCUCCUUCAUCAAUCCUGUGUUACAUGAGAGAAGCGAAUGUUUCAGAGGAAAUAGCUCGACAGCACAUCAGAGGCAUGAUAAACAAAACGUGGAAGAAAAUAAAUGUUGAGCAAUGCUUCACUGAAUUACCCAUGUUGCACUCAUUUGUGAAUAUUGCUUCAAAUGUUGCUCGUGUGGCGCAUUGGCUUUACCAAGACGGAGAUAGAUUUGGCGUUCAGGACCGAGAGACUCGGACCAACAUCCUGUCUUUGCUAGUUGAACCUCUCACGCAGUCACGCUCGAUCUCCUGA